AUGGAACUUCCCGAGAUACCCUCGGUCUCCGAAGACGAUGAAGAGCUCGUAAAAUCUGUUGUUUCGGGGAAAGUUCCUUCCUAUUCGUUGGAAUCCAAGCUCGGGGAUUGCUUUAGAGCGGCUAAAAUCCGGCGCGAUGCGGUCCAGAGGCUGGUGGGUAGAUCUCUAGAAGGAUUGCCGUUAGAAGGGUUCGAUUAUGAUUCAAUUUUGGGGCAGUGCUGCGAGAUGCCCGUGGGAUACGUGCAGAUACCGGUAGGAAUUGCGGGGCCAUUGUUGCUCAACGGCUGCGAGUACUCAGUGCCUAUGGCCACCACGGAAGGUUGCUUGGUGGCGAGCACCAACAGGGGUUGCAAGGCCAUCCUUGCAUCUGGAGGUGCCACUUGUGUGCUUCUCCGAGAUGCCAUGACCAGAGCUCCGGUGGUGAGGUUCACAUCCGCGAAGAGGGCUACGGAAUUGAAGUUCUUCCUGGAGGACCCUCUAAAUUUUGAUACGUUAUCUGUUGUUUUCAGCAAGUCAAGCAGAUUUUCUAGACUUCAAGGUAUCAAAUGUGCUAUUGCGGGUAAAAAUCUUUACAUUAGAUUUAGCUGCAGCACAGGCGAUGCCAUGGGGAUGAACAUGGUUUCUAAGGGUGUUCAGAAUGUCCUAGACUUCCUUCAAAAUGAUUUUCCUGAUAUGGAUGUUAUUGGCAUUUCUGGGAAUUUUUGUUCUGAUAAGAAACCUGCUGCUGUCAAUUGGAUUGAAGGGCGUGGAAAGUCAGUUGUCUGCGAGGCUAUUAUUACUCGAGAUGUGGUGACGAAGAUUUGUCGGAGGGCUGAAACGGUAGGAGGAAUGAGAAUUCUAUUAAAGAAGGGAGGAGGGAUCGGAUUAGUGCCGUUGAAGGAAUGCCCGAAGUGGCUGUCCGUGUCGUCUUCCAGUGUCAGGCUGACCAUGAGGGCCCCUCAAAUGUCAAGGAUGCAGUUGGAACUGAAGAAGGGGUGGGGACGAAGAAGCGACGCUCAACGCACAUCCGAGUAUCAUCAGUGUCAAACCGGACUCCCUACGCUAGGAGUGGACGGAGGAGAGUAA